CGUAGAUUCAGAAUUUUUAUUUUAUUUUAUUUUAUUUUUAUCAUCUAUUUCUGGGAUUGCAGCUGCAAAAAUUCAGUUGAGGCGGAGUUCAUUGUUGGUCGGGCGGCUUCGAGCAGAGAAAGUUGUUUCUUUUGAGGCUUCUUCAGCGUAGACGAGCUUGCAGAUUACAAUCAAAAAGAGAAUUUUGAUUGGGACGGCGAAGAAGGAAGAGUAGUUGAUGCACCGAACUCCUCGAAGGAACCUCAAAAAAGAACGUAACUCCUCCGCGGACAACCACAGAUGAGAUCCGGCCUCGAGCGUUUCCAGUCCGUUCCGAGCUCGUUUCUUGGAGAAAUCUGCGGCGAGUUCCUCGCCGUCCGUCCCGAGAUAGAUACCAUGUUCCCUCGAUUCUCUGCCCCAAAUUUCCCGGAAAACUUCUCUUCUGGCGGCGGUCACUCGCGGCCGCCGACUUUGUCGGAGAUCCUCAUCCCCCAUCAUAAGGUUGCAUUCCCCUCUUCUCCGCUGACGAUGUUUCACUCGAAUGCAGAUAAUGGCUGCGCUGCGAUAAGUUCGAGCAGUUUCAGAAACAAGGAGCUUCCUCCCAUUAGCUGCCCACCGAGGCAAAACUCCCAAAUGUCUCAGAUCUCUGAGACUCAGCAGAUGAGCUUGCCGAAGAACUUCAAACAGUUCCAGGAUGCAGUACCAUGCAGGGUCCGAGCAAAACGGGGUUUCGCUACUCACCCUCGAAGUGUUGCUGAAAGGGUGAGGAGGAGUAAAAUUAGUGAAAGAAUGAAAAAGCUACAGGAACUUGUGCCUAACAUGGAUAAGCAAACCAACACGGCCGCUAUGCUCGAUUUAGCAGUCAUUUAUAUCAAGGAUCUUCAGAAACAAGUCAAGGUGCUAUCGGAGGGGCAGGCGAAGUGUACCUGCUUAUCUAGCGAGAAGAGCAAGUACCUGAAGAAUGGAGCGGGUGAAGGCUAAAGAAUUGGAGAUGCUGGUAAUUGAUGAGCAGAGCAAGAAACAUUGUCUGUGGCUGUGUAGCUCCUACCAAUUACUGGAAUCAGUAAAGCAUUAGUGUUGUUCUCGUCUCAAGGACAAACUCAUCGCAUAUUCCUCCACUACAAGUUUAGAUGUGUGUUCUCAUUCGGACAACCUAGUACUUAUACGAAUAAUUGAUGGUGCUGCCACUCUUGACACCAGGAAAGAGUUUCCUGUGAGGAAGACAGCUGGCUCUAACGAAGAGAAAGAGGCAUGACGCGAACCCAUCAACAUUCCUAAUGGAACCCGGGAAUAAAUGAUGGAUAGAACUCCAAGAAACGAAAGAUUGAGCCUUGACCCGUAACCGAUAAUUAGAACGAACUAGUACUACGAAAAAAAGAAAAGGCCACACCACAAGAGUGAUAAGCUUCCUUGGAUUGAACACAACGAGAGAAACUUGAAAAGUUCAAGUUCUUCCAAAACUAAGAGAUCACACACAUAAGAGCUUCACCCAAAAAAGCUCAUUUCCAUAAACUAGCUAGAAUUGGAGAUAUUUGUAUUUUACAUAUCCAUACAGUCGAGUCCUUAGAUUUUCCCCUUACAUAUCCAUACUUUUGAGCAGAAGGUGGAGCAUUACAUUACCCCUUCCUCAUUUUCCUGCUAGAAUUGAAAAUUUUAUAUUUUACAUAUCCAUACAGUCGAGUCCUUAGAUUUCUGAAAUAGUGUAUUACAAAUAGAAGUACUUCGAAUCAUUACUAUUUGACUCAGACCUAU